AUGGAGCCACAAACAGAGAAGUUGAUGCUGAGCCUGCUAAAUAUUUUCCUGCUCUGCUCUGUGUGUGAAGCACAGUUAAGUGACGUCCUUCAACCUGUUUCUUUCCAGUCAGCAGCGCUAGGAGAAGCUGUUUCUAUUACAUGUCAUAUUUCUAGUUCUGUAAGACAUAGAGUAUUGUACAAAGUGACGACUAGACGGAGACUACAGAUAGUGGCCACAACAGAUAGUUUUUAUAAUAUGACAACAUUUGGUAACCAAUUUCGUCAGCGUUAUGCUAUGAAAUCUGACAGCACCAGCAGUCGUCUGAGCAUAUCUGCAACAACGUGGGAAGAUGUUGGCACAUACUACUGUGGAGCAAUGCGCACAAACGACGUUCUGAUGGGAGAAGGAACCUUUCUAAUGCUGAAAGGUGCAAAGAUGAUCAGUGACUCUGUCGUCCAGAAGCCAGCGUCUCAAUCAGUGCAGCCAGGAAACUCUGUGACUCUCAGCUGUUCUGUUCACACUGACCGCUGUCCAGCAGAACACACUCAUGUCCUGUGGCUGAAAAACUCUGAUAAUUCUGAUCCUGAGAUGAUUUACUCCUCUGGGAAUAAAAACGACACCUGCAAGAAGACUGAGACUGGCUCUGGAGAAGCUACCUGUGUGUACCACCUUGUCAUGAGGAACCUGAGCUCUGAUGAUGCUGGAACCUACUACUGUGCUGUGACUUCAUGUGGAGAAGUACUGUUUGGAAAAGGGACCAAGAUUAAUAUUUACAGAGAUAAUGUCAAACCAGCUGUUCUGAGUGCAACUGUUAUUGCACUAAUUUACAGUACAAAUAUAAUAUAA